UAUCAUCUCUUCCGGUUUCAAAACAAAGCCCUAGCUGUACCUGGCAGUUUUUGGCCGUCUGCCUCCCCGACAUAAUGGCAUCAUUCUUCGGCCACAUCUCAACCUUCCACGCAAACCCCCACCCCACCAAUCCGAAGGCCCAGUCGCACUCACACAUGCCCUUAUGGACUCUGUCUCAUCUCCAAGCCUGAGUCCAACAAGUAAAACAAAGAUCGAAUUUUUUUACUUUUUCUUUUCUGGGUCUGAAAAAAACAAUCUGAUUUAGUCUUAACAAAGCAAAAGCUGAAAUCUUGUUGAGAAUGGUUGAAAGAAGUUGUGCUCUUAGUUGUGUAAAUGGAAGAGAGAGCUGAGAAAGCUGCUCAGAAAGGGUCAAAGACAGAGAGAUGGUGCUGGCGGUUAAUUCUGUUAGUAACUGUAUCUCUGGUUGCCACUAUGGCUGCACUCACUCUCUUGAAGUAUUUCAAGCACUCCAAUUCAAGUCGUGUCUCGGGUCGCCCCGGCCCCGUAGUGCAAAAAUACUCAGAAGCUCUUCAACUCUCCAUGCAGUUCUUUGAUAUCCAGAAAUCUGGUAAGCUUGUGGAUAAUCCGAUUCCAUGGAGAGGGGAUUCGGGGCUCCAAGAUGGGAGUGAGGAGGAUUUGGAUUUGUCAAAAGGACUGUAUGAUGCAGGGGACCUCAUCAAGUUUGGGUUCCCCAUGGCUUUUACGGCGACUGUGUUGUCUUGGGGAAUUCUUGAAUAUGGAGAUCAGAUGAAAGCGGUGAAGCAAUUGGAUCAUGCCCAUGACUCGCUUAAAUGGAUCACUGAUUACCUUAUCAAUGCACAUCCUUCUCCCAAUGAGCUCUAUAUUCAGGUGGGUGAUCCUGACUUGGACCACAAGUGUUGGCAGAGACCUGAAGUCAUGACAGAGGAAAGGCCUCUGAUUCAAAUUAACACAUCUUUCCCAGGAACAGAUGUUGCAGCAGAAACUGCAGCAGCUAUGGCAUCAGCAUCUCUGGUUUUCAGGAAAAUCAACUCCUCUUAUUCUAAGUUGCUCCUCAUGCAUGCCCAGCAGCUGUUUGCUUUUGCUGAUACUUACAGAGGUUCUUAUAGUGUAAGCAUACCCCAAGUGCAGAUUUACUACAACUCAACGGGAUAUGGAGAUGAACUCUUGUGGGCAGCUACCUGGCUCUAUCAUGCCACUGGAGACUUGACAUACUUCAAAUAUGCAACCGAACAGAACGGCCCGGCAUUUGCUAACUGGGGAAGUCCAUCUUGGUUUAGUUGGGACGACAAGCAUGCUGCUACUCAGGUUCUACUGUCCAGGAUAAGUUUCUUUGGUACAAAAGACAUCUCAUUUGCAGAGAACAUGGACCUUCAAAAGUACAGAGAAACUGCAGAGGUCUUCAUGUGUGGACUUCUACCUGAUUCGCCCACGGCCACAUCCAGCAGAACAGCCAGUGGUCUGAUAUGGGUGAUAAAAUGGAACUGUCUGCAGCAUGCUGUGGCUUCAGCAUUUCUAGCCGUUCUCUAUAGUGACUACAUGCUUACAUCUCAGACUGAAGUGCUGUAUUGUGAUGGGAAAUUCUACAAGCCUACCGAUCUUCGUAACUUUGCCAUCUCUCAGGUAGAUUAUGUGUUGGGCGAAAAUCCAAUGGCGAUGAGCUAUCUUGUUGGGUAUGGGAGCAAGUACCCUCAGUAUGUGCACCACAGGGGAUCUUCAAUUCCAGCUGAUGCACAUACCGGCUGCCAGGACGGGUUUAAGUGGCUGAACUCUUCCAAUCCCAAUCCAAAUGUAGCUGUUGGUGCUCUAGUUGGAGGCCCCUUCCUGAAUGAAACCUAUAUCGAUAACCGGAACAAUUCGAUGCAAGGUGAACCAAGCACUUACAAUAGUGCACUCAUUGUGGCCCUCCUCUCAGGCUUAGUUACCAGUUCUUCAGUUCCCAAGACUUUCUCAUAGAAGAGCACUCCUGCUAUAUAAUCGCUUUCAUUUUUGUACAAUAUAUAGCCUGCAGGAAAUCCAUAGCUAAAUAAACUACAUGUAAAAUGCCAUGAAAUAGCUGCUCCUAUCAGUCUUUUUAAGUGUUUCAGGUAGAGAUUGAGGUGCUUGAUCUCACGCUGGUUUUAGCUAGGAACACCAGACUGGUUUGCCCAUUUCCCUGAGAUGUAAAUAUGAGUUUUCAAUGAAAUCAAACUUGAAAGAAUUUCAAUGAAUUUCAUCCCAUAACCCAAAAUGCAACCCUUUCUUCAUCUAAAAUAAAAUCAAACUUGAUAGAUACAUGAACAGUGAAUAGCCUUCAAAGAGAAACAAAAAGUAACUUUAAU